UAUUUAUGGAAUAUGAUUGUGUACGUAGAGAAUCUUGCGGCGACACACGACAGCUGAUUCACCCGAUUGUUUACCGGAACAAAAAAAUGCACGAUUGUUUGCAAUAACGGAUGCACCUACCUUGCUGAUUGAGAAAAGUCACAUUGGAGGGUUUCAACCAUGGGAUGUUGCUACAGCCUCUGUAAGGAGGAUAGCGGGCCGCAGGGUGGAGAAGCGAACGAGAGAACGCAUUUGCUCGUAGAUCCUGUCAGUAAUAAUACAAACAUACCGAGAGUACAUAGUGAUGAUUAUGUUAACCAAUACGCAAGUUCCGUGCCUAAGAAGACAGAUGAGCAGAGUGCAUUGAAUAGAAUUUUACAUGAAACUGCAGCCAAUGUCAUAGACGUGGGUGCAUUAGAUACGCAUAAUCUAGAACAACAUGAGUAUAUGGACAGAUCUCGUGCAUAUUCAAAGAGAAUAGAAACAGGUCGAAUUAAACUCCCUGAAACUGCGUCUUGCCUACUUAAAGAUAUACCUGCUCCAGAACGAAUAUUAGCAGCUGAUCCACUUGCUGCAGAAGAUCAAGAACUGAUUACAGAAAUGCUCAACAAGGCUGUGACAGCAUUAGGCGAUGUAAAGGUCGAACACAAGGAGGAUUUGGUGGUUCCGUUUUUAUCGUGAUUGUUAAAUGUCCCUCAAAUUAAUUUAUAAUUUCACCUCAUUUAAUUGGAACUUUGAUAUCAUACGGCAUUAAAAGAGGAUAUACAUUUGUCGGAAAUAAAUCGACCUAAGUCUGAAUUACAACUCUAGGUUACGCUAAGACAGAGGAUCGAUUUCAAUGUUUAAUAUGUAAUGUAUUAUACAGAAUGUUAAAUUAUAUACUAUCACUGUUUAUGCUUGCUACGUACCAAUAGCUUCACAAUUAUUGAAUAGUUAUAAAUAUUUCUCUUUUAUUUUUUAUUUUGAAGUUUAGAAUUAAGAUGUGCGUCGUAAUCUCUUGCACAUUUUAUCUAUAUGAAAUUUUUAUGUAAAGAAUUUGUUAUUGUAAUAUUCAAUUGAUAAAUAUACAUACAUAUAUAUUUACACAAAA